AUGAACGACCACAGCAUUGUGAACUGGCUCUACACCACCAUCUCCAAGGAGAUCCUCGUCAUCGUCGUCCAGCCGAACACCACCGCCUUCGUCGUCUGGACCGCGAUGGAGGACAUCAAUCACCCAAGACUGCAGACUCUCGCCGACACGCUCCGCGAUGUCGGGCAGCCCCGUCAGCGAGCCAAGACAGGUGUUGAACAUGCUGCGCGGCCAAAGCUCCAAGUUCCGCCACUCCAUACCCGUCCUUACCUCCAAGAUCCACUCCCCACCUUCCUCGCCGCGCGCUCCUACCUUCUGCAGGGCAUAACUCUGUCCGGGCUGCUCAACUUCAUCGACGGGCUGUGGUCGACGAGCGGCGAGGAGCGCAUCAUCAUCUUCACCACCAACUACAAGGACCACCUCGACCCGGCGCUGCUCCGGCCGGGACGCAUGGACAUGCACAUCUACAUGGGCUACUGCGGCUGGGAGGCGUUCAAGACGCUGGCCAGGAACUAUUUCCUCGUCGACGACCACGCGCUGUUCCCGGUGAUUCAAGAACUGCUCAUGGAGUUGGAGGUGACGCCGGCGGAGGUGUUGGAGAUGCUGCUGCGGAGCGAGGACUGUUCUUGCGGAGUUCCUCCAGGAGAAGAGACGGAGGACAAGGAAAGAUAGACAGCGAUGGGGACAGAGCAAACACGAUGCUGAUUAUUCUUGUCGACACAGCACACGAAGGACGUGUCAGACAGACAGUAAUCUUGUGUCUUCCCUCUUCAGUGUUGCUGUAUUAGCAUCUCUGGAGGAGAGUGAUUAGAGUUUCCUGAUGAUAAUAAACAACUACGCAGUAGGAAUAAUCAGGCCUUUUCCAAGGCUUAUUUCUCCAAAUACUGUGUUAAACCGAUCAGUCAU